CGUGUCCCACAGUUAACAUGCAUCAUGUCUUCAUCUAUGGCACACUGAAGAAAGGUCAGCCCAACCACUCCUUAAUAAUCAACACUACCAUCGGUCAGGCCGAGUUCCUCGCUUAUGCUCGAACCGUAGAGCCAUACCCACUUGUGAUCGCCACCAAAUACAACUACCCUUUCCUGCUCAAUCUGCCAGGUAAGGGUCAGCGUGUCCACGGAGAGAUCUACGCUGUAGACCAGAAGAUGCUGGACUUCCUGGACGAGUUUGAAGGAUGUCCUGAGUUGUACCAGCGCACCAAGGUCCAGCUGGAGGUGCAGGACGGGGACGGUGAAGGAGAAAACACACUGAAGCCUGGAAGCAUUUAGGAAGCGUUUGUGUACAGCACGAAUACAUAUGAACCAGAGUGGCUCCUGAAACCAACAUAUGAUAAUUAUGAUACGAACGGUGAUCACGGACUGCCAUAUCAUGAGGACACAAGCCCUGAGUAAUGACUGUACAACUGCUGCUUACCAGGGUCCAAAAUUGACAUUUUACCAAUCUGUCAGUGCCACAUCAAUUUACCAUUUAGAUUUGUAUGUGUUUUCUUAUGAUAAUUUGAUUGUUUAGCUGUUUAAUUUAAUUUCAUAUAAGUGACAAAUAUAUCAAAGCCUGGAAGAGCCAUUUUAUUUUUAUUUUUCAUGUAUGGAAUAUUUCAUAUCACAGAGAAGAAGAAACAAUCCUAGAGAAAUGUUAGUUUAAUUUAGAAUAAUUUUAGAAAUUAGUUUUCUUUCCUGCAUUUAAUUUAAU